AUGGGAACAAAGAAGAAGGGGAUUUCAGCUGGAAACGCCUGGUCAGUGCUGAGAAUGGCUCUUCUUUGGGCCAGAAAGAGCGCCGCGUUGAACAAGAAAAGGCUCAAAUCCAAAGCAAAGUUCCGCUCCCAAAGGAUGCAUUUCUUAGAGCGCCAGUUUUCGAUCGACGAGACCCCCAUUUUCCACCUCAAGAUGCAUCGGCCUGCUUCGCUCCGUUGGAUUUCCUGCGCGAACCCUUCGACUGUUGAUUUCGACGAUGAUGGGAGGAAUUACUUUAAAUGGGAUGAGAAUGACGUUAGGGAAAUAGAAGAGAAGUGCCGUGUUGUUGAUGAAAGUGAGGAGUUGGUACGCAAAGUUGAUGAGGAAUACGAGAAGGAAGAAGAAGGGAUCGAUUCGAAGGCAGAGGACUUCAUAGUGAAGUUUUAUCAGCAGAUGAAGAUGCAGAGGCAGAUUUCUUUUUUGCAGUAUAAUGAGAUGCUUGAGAGAAGCGCAUGA